AUGCUAAGUUACAUGAUCAAGGCUCUCUCCACGUCAUUAAGUUAUUUUGGAGACCUAAAAGAUGUCUUACCAGAGGAAGAAAAGACAGUAGAAUUCCUUAAAAGCAAAAUAAGGACAACAAUGAUGGAACGAGAGAAAGAAACAAGACAAUCAGAAACCAAUUCUCAGAAUUCCAACGCAUUUAACACUGAGGCAAAUAAAGACACGCGAACGUGCUUUAAGUGCGGCAAACCAGGUCACAUACAUCGUGAUUGCAGACAACAAACAGACAACGGUAGAUGGCAGAACACAGGCAGAUCACGAGGUAGAGGCAGACCAGACUAUUCACGGGGUAGAAGUAACUACAGAGGAAACAACAGAGGCUACCAGAGGGGAAACUACAGAGGCAAUGCAAACUCAACAUCGAGGUAUCGAGGAGAAUCUGACCAACACAGAUUAUUUGAAACUAGUGUAACGAUGGCAAAGCCAGUUGAUGUAAAAUUGGGAGACGGUAGAUGCACGAAGGCGACAAAAUUUGGUAGAAUUAAAAUAUUUUUCCGAGUUGAAGAUAAAGAAAUUCCAGUUAAUCUGAUUAAUGUAUUUUAUGAUGACAAGCUAGAUCAAAAAUUUUGA